AGAGAGAGAGAGAGAGAGAGAGAGAGAGAGAGAGAGAGAGAAGAUGGGCAUUAUUUAUGAAGAUGCGGUUAUGGUAAAAGAAGCUGACAAACCAGGUGAUCAUACUGUAAUCACAGUGAAUUGUCCGGACAAGACUGGACUUGGGUGUGACUUAUGUAGGAUUAUCUUACUCUUUGGGCUUUGCAUUGCCAGAGGAGAUGCUUCAACGGAUGGUAAAUGGUGUUACAUAGUUUUCUGGGUAGUUUCAAAGCCAGCAACAAGGUGGGAUCUAUUGAAGAAGAGAAUACUUGAGGUGUGCCCUACAUUUACUGCAGCCGAGUCAGAAAUUUACUAUUACAUACCGGAAUUUCAGCAGCCCAAGCAACCAGAUGUGUUCCUGUUGAAGUUUUGGUGUGACAAUGACCGGAAGGGUCUGCUACAUGAUAUUUCAAAAGCUCUUUGUAAGCUAGAGCUUACGAUAAAAAGAGUGAAGGUAUCCACAGCACCGGAUGGCAGAGUAAUGGAUCUCUUCUUUGUCACAGACACCAGAGAACUUCUUCACACUAAGAAGAGGCGGGAAGAAGUAAUUUGGCAUUUGAAAGCUGCAUUAGAGGACCCCAUGCUACCUUGUGAGAUUGAACUGGCUGGUCCUGAAAUUACUGCAUGUUCACGAGGGUUCUCAUUCCUUCCUUCUUCCAUUACAGAAGAAAUGUUCAGUUUAGAGCUGUCUGCAAAAUACACAAGUGGGUUCCUUGGCUUGGAUUCUGUAUCUGUUAUAGUGGACAACUCCCUGAGCCCCUCUCACACACUGGUCCAAAUCGUCUGUCAAGAUCACAAAGGUCUCAUCUAUGACGUCAUGAGAACUCUAAAAGAUUACAACAUCCAGGUAAAUGAUUUAAACCAUACAAAACCAUCCUUAGUUUCAUCUUUUUGAUAAAAGGUGCAGUAAAAUCAAGCCCUUUUUACUUUAUGGGGGAUUGCCAUCAAAGCCAGAUGUGAGGAACUUGUGGUUAAGGGAAGAAUCUGAAACCUUGCCAAUGGAUACUCGUUUCUGGUGUUUUGAUGAUUUGCCCCAUGUUUUGACCCAAUUAUCGCAUGAAUAUCUGGUAACCACUAAUGGGAAACCUGUAAAGCUUGAUAAAAUCUACAAGGCAACAGUGUGUACUUGGGACUUGUAGAGAAGUUGUGCAAAAGACAAGUUUGGUAUGGAAAGAUUUUUCAUCUUGUUGACUGCAAAACAUCAAUUGAAUCAUGCUUUUCUUCAGAUUGGAUUUUCAUAUGUAAAACUUAUCUUCUGUCAGAUUUCUUAUGGGCGAUUCUUUGCAAACCCAAAACGAAGGUGUGAGAUGGAUUUGCUCAUAAUGCAAGCAGAUGGGAAGAAGAUAGUUGACCCUGAUAAGCAAAAUGCACUUUGCUCACGUCUGAGAAUGGAACUUCUCCGUCCUCUCAGGGUUGAUGUGGUGAGCCGUGGCCCUGAUACUGAGCUCCUUGUAGCUAAUCCUGCUGAGUUAUCAGGCAGGGGUCGACCUCGUGUGUUUUAUGAUAUUACCCUUGCUCUAAAUAUUUUCAACAUUCGUGUCUUCUCGGUAGAGAUAUCGAGGCACAGGAUUCAUGAUCGGGAGUGGGAAGUGUACAGGAUUCGACUGCAUGAAAGCGUUGGUUCUUCCUUGCAACGGAAUGAGAUCAAGGAAUUUGUUAGAAAGAAGUUGAUGGGAUGGGAAUGAUUUAGAUGACUACAUUCAGCUAGGAGUUUAAUACCAUACUGUACAGCAUACAUUUUUUCGUUUUUUCCCCUCUAGCCCACAUUAGUCUCUACUGCUGCUAAUUUUAAUAUAUCUAACACAUCAAGAAAUGAAAACCUUUAGGACCCUCCACUUUGAUUCAUGUAAUCUUGCAUUGCUUUUUAUUACAAUUUAGCAAUUAUAGCCAGCGUCGCAGUUG